AGAAAGAGAGCUAUAAAUGUGACAUUUCCAUGUUGGUUUGCUUAUAUAAAGGAGUCUAAGAUGCUGGCUUCUCCCUUCCUUUAAGGGGAAAAAAAAGAACGAAAGAGAAGCUCUAAAAGAAAGUUCGAAGAAUUUUAAUGGAGGAAAAUCUCAGUCCAUUAGCUGUUACUCAUCUUCUUCAACACACGCUGAGAAGCUUAUGUAUUCAUGAGAAUUCUCAAUGGGUUUAUGCAGUUUUCUGGAGAAUCUUACCUAGAAACUAUCCACCUCCCAAAUGGGAUGGUCAAGGACCUUAUGACAGGUCAAGAGGCAACAGGAGAAACUGGAUAUUAGUUUGGGAAGAUGGUUUCUGCAACUUUGCUGCCUCGGCAGCUGAAAUCAACUCCAGCGACUGUCCCGGUUCCUCGGUCCAUGGCAGUGGUGAGUUUCAACAGUAUCCAGGUCUGCAACCGGAGCUUUUCUUUAAGAUGUCCCACGAAAUCUACAACUAUGGAGAAGGUUUGAUAGGAAAAGUAGCUGCAGACCACAGUCACAAGUGGAUAUACAAAGAACCGAAUGAGCAGGAAAUCAACUUCUUGUCAGCAUGGCAUAACUAUGCAGACUCGCAUCCUAGGACGUGGGAGGCACAGUUCCAGGCCGGAAUAAAGACCAUCGCUUUGAUUGCAGUUAGAGAAGGUGUCGUCCAACUAGGAGCUGUUCACAAGGUAAUUGAAGACCCGAGUUAUGUGGUUCUACUAAGAAAGAAAUUCAGCUACAUAGAAAGCAUUCCAGGAGCACUCUUGCCCCAUCCUUCCUCUUCCGCUUACCCUUUUAACGGCACACCAGAACCGUGGGCGCAUUUCCCGUCAGGGAUGCUGAUUGCACAGCCGCCGCCCUCGCCGCCUGAAUUCUACGACCAUUUCAGUCAGCCUACGAAAAUUACUCCUUCCAUGAGCAGCCUGGAAGCCCUUCUUUCCAAGCUUCCAUCGGUCGUACCACUGCAACCUUCUCCCGGGUACUGCGAGUCUCAGCUGGUACAGUCACCGUUCUUAUCAUCGGAAAGGCCCGUCGAAUACAAUAUCGGAAUCGAAAAAGUGGCGAAACAAGAAAUUGAUGAAGAGUAUAGGCCGCCUGAACAAGAUAUGGUUGAAAGUAGCACCUCCAUUUCUGCAUAUCGUCGUCAACAACAUUAUCAUCAACACCACCCCCAUGAUCUCAAUCUAACAAGCUGCAGGCCCGACGAUGGAUUUUGAUAUAGCAAGUAAUAUUUGGAGUAUCAUAUAAAUACAAAACAUAUAUAUAUAUUAUAGUCCAGUUCUUAUAUGUAGAUUGUGCAUGGGAACGGUGCAUUGAUUUUCUCUAACGUUGAAGUUAGGCGAUGAUCAUUUUCCCU